GAGAGAGAUGGUUCUGUAUCACUAAUCUCGCGCGCGCCAUCCACUCUCAGAGCAAUUAGAGUGAGCUGCAGCUCCGCAGUGACUCAUUGAAACAUCCUCAGAGCUGAUAGAGACGCAGCGCCAUACUGCUCAGAGAGCAGGGACAGCAGCGCUCCUCCUGCAGCGCUCCUCCUCCUGCACGCCUCCUUCUCCUGCAGGGCUCCUCCUGCGCUCAUGGACUGCGCCGCUUCGCUGUGGAUUCGCUCCGUUCUGGACUUCCAUGCAUUUGUUCUGUGAGGCUGCAGAUCGGCGCACUGACAGGAUCCGAGGCUGAGGGAACUGGACCACACUGGACUCCAGGUGAUCUGUUGGAGUGUUCUAGGCUUUUCCUGGACCGGAGGAGCUCAUCAUCUUCUGAGGCGCGCCCUGAGGAUGGGGAGCUCAGAGAAAGCUACUGUUUUCGGCUGGGAUUCCUUCACCCAGCUCUCAGUUUGAAGAAAAGCACCAAGUUCCCAGGAGGAGGAUCCAGAAGCACAGCCUGCCAGGUUCAGGCCACGCCCACAGAGAGCAUGUCCGUUUCAGUGGGGCCUUCAUGGAUGUGGUAUCCCGAGGCCAGGGCCAGACUCCUGCUGUGGAUGGGCCUGCUGUCUGUGUGUUUAGCUGCUGUCCAUGCCCAGCAGCAUCCGGUAGCCACCACCAACUAUGGGAAACUGCGAGGAGUGAAGGUUACAUUACCCAAUGAGAUCCUGGGACCAGUGGAGCAGUACCUGGGGAUUCCCUACGCACUGGCUCCAACAGGGGAACGGAGGUUCCAGCCACCGGAACCACCUAUGUCCUGGCCGGGAAUAAGAAACGCUACUCACUUUGCUCCGGUUUGUCCUCAGUUCUUAGAGGACCGCUUUUUACUCAACGACAUGCUCCCUGUGUGGUUCACCGCCAACCUGGAUACGAUAGUGAGCUAUGUGCAGGAGCAGAGCGAGGACUGCCUCUACUUAAACAUCUACGUCCCGACUGAAGACGAUAUCCACGAUGAGAACGGACUGAAGCCGGUCAUGGUUUAUAUCCAUGGAGGCUCCUACGUGGAGGGGACCGGCAACAUGAUCGAUGGCAGCAUCCUGGCCAGCUAUGGCAACGUCAUCGUCAUCACGGUCAACUACCGGCUGGGGGUUCUGGGUAAGUCUGCCUCAUUAUGUCAAGGUCAACUACCGAGUGGGGGUUCUGGGCCAACUACCGGCUUGGGGCUCUGGGUGAGUCAGUCUCAGUGUUUCACAGUCAACUACCGGCUGGGUGUUCUGGGUGAGUCCGCCUUAGUCUGUCAUGGUCAACUACCGGCUGGGGGUUCUGGGACACUUCUGGAAUCAGAGGCAAAAGGAACGCCACCAGGAUUCACCGAUUCAUUUGGACAUGGAGGUCAAACACAGACUGAGGACAGAAAACCAGAGGACAGGGAGGAAGGAGGACAGGGAUGGAGGAGGACAGGGAUGGAGGAGGAUAGGGAUGGAGGAGGACAGGGAUGGAGGAGGAUAGGGAUGGAGGAGGACAGGGAUGGAGGAGGAUAG